CUAAAUUCCUACGUAGGGGUUCGUGUCACCUCCAUGACCGCCAUUUUGCUAUCGUCACAGUCUCUUCAAUUAUUCUAAUUUUUUUUUCCAGAAGCUCCUUACCUGCCCAGUGAAACUAUUAGUCAAGCACAGUAGCAAGAUCUUACGAUCAGGGCAAUUAUCGAAAAUAUCUAAGAAUUAGCCCGUCUCAUUUGUGAAAUCAUUGCAGUCUAUUUUCAGUUUAAACAGCAUUUUUUUUUUCUUUUACUUUGCACUUUUUGAAAAAUUGGAUUUUGAGUCAUCGCAACGAAUACAAAAGGUUCGUUUUUAGAUGAAAGAUAACGGAUUGCAUUGAUGUCAAUUAGCCGACCGUCAACAAUCCUUUUCGGUUCCAUCGUACUCAAAGCAUUUCAAAGAGCUAUUUUGUCUUAACCAUUUAAGACGCACCGUGAACCGCACCGGAUAGCGAUUUCCAGCAGUUGUAUAAUAUUCGCUAUUAAUCUCCCUAAACGAUUGUCCUCAGUAUUCAGACGAGCUGAACGGUGGGUCCACAAUACCGAGAGUCUGGCCGCAACAUCCGGCACAGUCGCAAGUCUUUUGCAUACGUUAUACGUUUAGACGAAAAAACGUCCCUUAAUCACAGCGAAUCCUGCAAGGUACUUGACGAUUUCGCGUCAGUCAUUUUAUUAACUAUUCAUCGAUCAUCGUAGAGUCAUGAAUUUUCGACGGACGAGACCCCAACAGCUGAUCGCAAUCGGGUCGGUGACCAUUAUCAUUUGUGUCUACUCGGUGACGUGGCCAAGUGGCAUUCUUAAUCAAAAAGAAGAUCAACACGCCAGUCCGGCAACAUUAUCGGCUGUCCAGGAGCAUUUGAACAUCGUCCGAUACGCGGACAUGGUCCGAUGGGAGCGCAACAAUCAGACGUCAUCCUCAUUCUGGGCAUCUUCCAUCCUUUCGGACGAUAGACGCAUCUAUUUUCACGAGACGACGGGCCGUGAUCAUUUGAAUUUGCGCCAAUUGUGCGCUGUCGAAUCGACGGCCAAAGAGAACCCCAGCCGAUCGGUGCAGAUCUUUUUCCAAACGGAUCACGUCAAUGUAACGAGCGCUCCAUUUGAAUUGGUCUUGAAAACAUACCCCAACAUCGCUGUGCUUCUCAUCAACGCUAAAGACUACUUUACGGCGACGCCGUUAGAACGUUGGUACUUGCACGGUGUGUGGCGAAAAAGCCCUUACAAGACGGAGCAUUUCUCCGACUACAUCCGCAUCCUCAGCUCGUUCAAAGGCGGUGGAAUGUACAUGGAUUUGGACUUUGUCACUCUCAAACCUUUGGAUGCCGACAUCUUUAGGAAUUUUGUUCCAGAAGAAGACAAUGCCGUUUUGACUGGCUCUUCCUUUCAUUUUCAAAAAGGCCAUCCGAUCGUCCGCAAGAUUAUGACUUACCUGGCCUCUUCGUACCGUCCGAAAGAAUGGGCGCAUUCAGGUCCGGCAAUGAUGCAGUCGGUCGUGCUGAAAUAUUGCCGCAAAAAAUUGCCGGAACCGACGUAUCCUCUUUUUUUAUGUCCGGAGAUCAAAGUGUUGCCUAAGAAAUAUUUGUAUCCGUACACAUUUGCCGAUUGGAAGCGCUUGUUCGUGACCAACGUGAGCAGCAGCGAUCCGAUUUUUGAAAGCUACGCAGUUCACACUUAUAAUAAAUUGUCGAAAAACGAGCCUGUCCUUGUUGGAUCCGAUCAGCUGUACAGUCAAAUCGCCAGAGUUCAUUGUCCUGUCACCUACGCUCACGCACUCACCGAUCUGGAAGUGGAUUUCUUCUAAAUUUCGCCUUGAUUUCGGAAAAUGUUUUCUUCAUUUCUUAUUGCAAAAAAAAUGCUUGUAAUUUCACUAUUAUGUGCAGUAACAGCCUGAGUUGAAUACAUUUACACGACAGUUA